UUUGAAAAUCUUAGAUGCGACUUUCUGUCUGGACAUGGAGAAGGACAAUAGCAUUUGAAAAAUCAGCAUACCGUGCCAUCGCCUCGCUCGACCACAUUAAUAUAUAUUUUUUACCCUUUUGAAUUGACCUCUGUUCAUAUCCCAUUUUACUAUUAUCAGCUGAGCUAGCCUCCACUAAAUAUAUUGUAUGAGUACCCACUCACAGAAAUAAAAAAAAAAAAAAACCUAACAUACGUAAUACAUAUGCUAUGUCGGUCCGGGAAUCAUUUUCAUUGCCAAAUCAACAGAGUUGAAGAAUGUCAACAAUGCGUAUGUCACAGCAAUGCUAAACUAUGAGUACAUAUGUCUAUGUAUAAUUGUACUAUACUGGGUCAUGUAUGAAUGGCAGUGCAAUAGAUAUCAAGAGCGAGUCCCUAGGGUUUCAUUGGUGAAAAAUUACCCUCCUCUCCUCGCCUGCCUAUUUUCAUGCCCCUCUUUUCGUUUCUCUCUCUAACCCUUAACUCCAUAUUCUCUCCUCUCUCAAAAACCUCAUAUCACAUUCCUCUCUCUCUCUCUCUCUCCUUCCUCUGUAAUGAAACAGCUGAUCAAGAAUGAAAGAUGAGAGCCCUAGCAACACGACCAAUUUGCCAAGCACAGGCAGUCCUGAGAGCCCUUGCUUAAAAUCAUCAUCAUCAUUAUCACCAAACAAAGAACAAGAUCGCUUCCUUCCCAUCGCCAAUGUGGGAAGGAUCAUGAAGAAAGUGAUCCCUGCCAAUGGCAAAAUCUCAAAGGACGCUAAGGAAACUGUUCAGGAAUGUGUCUCCGAGUUCAUCAGCUUCGUCACCGGCGAGGCCUCCGAUAAGUGUCAGAGAGAAAAGAGAAAGACCAUCAAUGGCGAUGACAUCAUCUGGGCCAUCACAACCCUAGGCUUUGAGGACUACGUCGAUCCUCUCAAGUCCUACCUUCAGAAAUACAGAGAGAUAGAAGGAGAGAAGCUUAACGUUCCCAAACAACAACGAUCUGAUCAACAAAGGCUUCACCACCACCACCACCACCACCAUAAUCAGGAACACAAUAAUGCUAACAAUAACCCACCUUUAAACAAUAAUGUAUAUUCUUCAACAAGUCUCAUUUCUCAGCCUCAUCUUCCUCCUUAUGUGCCCACGGAUCAGACAUUUUCCUUACCAACUUUCUCAUCAAAUUCAUUUCAGAAACAAUUACAGCCCCAAGACAAUAUGGAUUCAGUGGGGCAUUGGUAGUAUUAUACAGACCCAAAAUAUAUAUCUUCAUUUUCAUUUUUCCACUACAUACUUGCAAUUUUGUUAUGUGUAGUUCUACAGAAUAUAUAUAAUGUUUAUACACACAUGUAUACAAAUAUAUAUCCUCACAUCUAACAAAAUGGGCUUUCAUUCUUUGCUAUAAUGCAGAGAAUUAAAGCAGCAUUAG